AAUCCCUUCCUAUCUACUCCUUCCAGCGACCGGUUACUCUUUCAUUCUCCCUCAAGUCACCCAUCUCCCGCUCAGCCUAGUCCGUCGUGUCCAUAAGCGUUUACGGCGUCAGAGCCGCCGGUGGUCGAAGGGCUGAGCUCCAUGGACACGCUGCGCGUUUCCACCGCGACGCACUCCCAUCCCUAGUGCGGACCCCGCUAAGAGCACCUUCGCUAGUGUCGCGACUCUCGGCACAGUUCCCGGCCUUCCCCCGCGCCGCUGCGUCUCUGCCGCCAUCCACCAAUCAGACAGCAGCAGAGCGCCUUUCCACGAAGCUUCCGCGCUGCCGCAGCACCAUGCCUCGUCCCCGCUCUCCCUCCCCCUCCCCCCUCGCAGCAUCUGCCACGCGUCGAAAAGACCAAUCACCAGACGACACGUGGCGACGAAAGACGCGGUGGAGGGAGGCGCACCAGAGCCCAAGGAGCAAGGCGCCAACGCCAGCGGCGGCGGCGGCGGCGGGAGCGGGGAGGAGAGUGACGAGGAUGAGGAGGUGGCGACGUUGGUGCGAGGGAUGACUUUCGCGCAGCUCUGCGACGACUUCCAGUGCGUGAGCAGCCCGGCCGUCGAGCGAACGGCGAAACGGUUGGCGAAAGACAUUCACGACAUGCGCGAAGACACGAGGACGCUGUCAUGUUUCGCCAACGACUCGAAAUACUCUGAUUCGAUCCGCUCCUUCACAGGCCGAGACAAAUAUCGCCGCCUUUCGUGGAUCCGCAGCGCGCUCCAGAACCCCUCCGUGCACAUGCUGGGCAUGGCGAUGGAAUCCACGAGCGUCCUCGAGAUCACCUGGCAGCUGCGCGGCUACCUCACCGUCCCAGGCGGGCUGCUUGACGCGCGAGUGACGUCGACGUUCACGCUCAACCAGAUCAGCGGCCAGGUCACCGACCACCGCGACCAAUGGGACGUCGCCAGCUCAGCGCUGCCCAUCCAGCUGGCGUUCUGGGCGUCGCGGCUCGCGUGGGCGACGUCAGAGGCGAUUAAAGACGUGACGGAGAAGUCGGAGGAGGGCGGGAAGAGCGGGGGCCGCGACUCGGGUAUAUUUAUCCGCACCCGUCUGGCGACCCUAGAAAAUUCGUGCAGCAGGGCGACCCGAACAAGGACCUGUACCAGGCAGCCUUCUUCAUCGCGCUGAUGUACCUCGUGGUGCGCGCCGUGCAGCUCGCCAUCUAAAGGACAGCACAGCCGUGCAGCCUGUCAUCUGCAGGACAGCAGAGAGCCGCCUUGCAGCCCGUCGCCCAACGCAAAAUGCGCAACGUGUAGUUUUGUCCAAGAGAAAGAGCGGUGCAGCUGGUUUCAAUUCAAGUGCACUGUGGGUCUGCUUCUGCAUGUCGUUUUCUGAUGCGCCACCGACAAGUGUGUCCUGUGGUUUGGCUUCUCUAUAAGACUGCCAGGAUUGCAAGCACAUACCUGUGGAGACCAGGCUCUCUGUCUCGGUGCGUGUGUGCAUGAGUGUACAUUCUUGACUCGGUAGUUCUUCCUGGAUUUCGUUGACUAGCUUGUGAGUCUUGAGUUUUGCUAGUGUGAGUGACCUGCCCAAUUGUGAAAUAUGUAAUCCUUUCUUGGUGUGAAAUUAAAUCCCUGCACUGGA